AUGGAGACAAGCAAUUCUGCGCCUGUGGGUCUUCGCCAGCGUCAUAAUGCGUCUGGACCCAGUGCUCAAGGUCCAAAGACUGACGGUACUGAACGUCCUGCUGUGACUGUGGAGGGUCUGCUUAAGGAAUUAUACAAGAAUCACCAGCCUGACAAACUGAAAAAUGUUUCUAUCGUCGCGAAGGAGUACGCGGGCAAAGAACGUGAGCUUGUUGGGUUGCUGAAAGGAAAAUAUGGAGCGCUGAGUGUGAAGCGGCUGGAAGAAAACUUGGAGAUACUGGAGCGUGCUCACCGUGAUUGUAUAGCUGGCAAGGGCGCGGGGAAGAAGCGUGGCUGCUUUGUUCGCACGAUAUCGCUGCUGCUUUGGCUGUCGGUGCUGCUGUACUUUUCGUUCGGUGCUGUUUUUGUGAGCUUCGUUGUGCUGGAUGCGUGGGAGUGCCGUGCUCUUGACAAGGACGGCCAAGAGCUCGAAUCUGCUGAAGAAUGUGUUUCCUUGCAGGAGGAGCUGGACGCGUUUACGUACGAGCACGUCGCUGACUACAUUCGCCAAUCCCACCCGGAUAUUUGCUUUUGCUCGGAGUGGAAGGCUCGGGAGAAUGCAUUGUUCACAACACUUUCGGGCGACGACCUCAUGAAUUUGGUGAGGCUGGUGCCAUUUUCCCCCGACUCGUUUGGCUCAGCUUGGAUUGCUAGCGUGAAGGAGCAGGCUCCGUCGCAGGAGUGCUACAACAACUACGCGAAGCCUGUGGUGGAUCUGUGGCUGGAUGUUGGCUCGUUCUUGUGGUCUUCUGUUCUCGAGCUCGCAGGAUACGACGAAGUGUGUGAAGUGAAGUCUCAGACCGUGGAAAGUGUUGUGGAAAACGAGAAUCCAUCGGUGGACGAGGAAACUCUAUCAGCGAAGUUGAGAUUGACCCUGAUUUGA